AUGGCCCAAAUCCGUGGCACCGCGGGCUACAACCUCGGCCACCAGAACCCGUUCGGCGGGCCCGGUAGCGCAGAUGCUACCAGCGACCCCAGCCCGCUCGACGCAAUCCGCGAGCAGACUAGUAAGAUUGAGGAUUGGCUGGACACCAUGGCCGACCCAGUGAAGCCGUACCUCCCCGCCAUCGGUCGAUUCCUUAUUGUGGUCACCUUUAUCGAAGACUCACUGCGCAUGCUCACUCAAUGGAGCGAUCAGUUGCUCUACCUGCGUGAUAUCCGGAAGAUUCCGUGGGGUCUCACACAUAUGUUCUUGAUUGUCAAUAUAAUCGCCAUGUGCGUCUGUUCCGCGCAUGUGAUCGCCCGCAAGCGUACCGAGUACGCCGUCGCCGGAUUGCUGGCUGUGGUCAUCACCCAGGGCCUGGGAUACGGCUUAAUCUUCGAUCUCAACUUCUUCCUGCGCAACCUGAGUGUCGUCGGUGGCCUGCUCAUGGUGCUGUCUGACUCCUGGGUGCGCAAGAAGUUCGUCCCGGCCGGCUUGCCCCAGCUGGAUGAGAAGGAUCGCAAGAUGUACGUGCAGUUCGCAGGGCGCGUUCUCCUUAUCUUCCUGUUUAUCGGAUUCGUCUUUUCGGGCUCGUGGAGUGUGUGGCGCGUUAUUGUCAGCGGAUUCGGCCUCAUCGCCUGUGUGAUGGUUGUGGUCGGCUUUAAGGCGAAGUGGAGCGCGAUCAUCCUUGUAGUGCUGCUGAGCGUCUUCAAUGUGCUGGUUAACAACUUCUGGACGCUUCACCCCCACCAUCCACACAAGGACUUCGCCAAGUACGACUUUUUCCAGAUUCUGUCCAUCGUCGGCGGUCUCCUUCUGCUGGUCAACAUGGGUCCGGGCCAAUUGAGCAUGGAUGAGAAGAAGAAGGUCUACUAG